UACGAUUUGUUUACAGGUGUCGCCACUUGCAAAAAUGUGAUCACAUGCCCAUUUACGUCACAGAGAAAAACAUUGCUAAUGUUAUUCAGGGACAAAUAAUGUUGGAAUUCGGAUAUGUUUUAUCUAAAAUACGACCAUUGGUUGUUUAUUCUGAAAUUAUACAGUGUGAAUUGUGAUUGACAAAUAAUAUAGUUUUGAAAUAUCAUUAUUUAAUUGUGAAAUCAUGUCGUCAACUUGGAUUAAUUCGCGACAAAUUUAUUCAUAUCAUUUUAUUGCCAAACCAAAAUGGAGGCCAUGUUGUUUGUGUAUUGUAACAGUGUUGUUUAGUCUGGCUUUUAGUCAAGCCUCUGCCACAAGUUCAUCAGAUUCAACAGCAAAUGACUAUUUUACAGCUAAAGUGAACAUGACAUAUUUCAAUCCCAAAGAAGAAAAAUUUGUUUCGGAGUCGAAGCAGAUGGGUCAUUACGUCAAAUAUGGAAAAUUGGGACCAGAAACAGCAGACGUUAUUCACGUUCAGACUAAGAAAAAUAAAUCUGAUGGCUGCACUGAUCUCGUCAAUGCACCCGUCAAUAAAAAGUGGAUAGCUUUAAUUGAAAGGGGAGAUUGCAAAUUUAGUGAAAAGUUGAAAAUAGCACAGAAAUUCAAUGCAUGUGCAGUAGUCUUUUACAACAAUGAAACAACAAAGAAUACUAAGACACUUUAUCCAAACAUUCAGAAGUCUAUAGAGAUCAUUCAGCUGUCUGCAGAUCCUUCAGAAAAUAAUAACGUUGUCACAAUAUUCAUCAGUCAGAAUGACGGAAAAAAUAUAGUCUCUAAAAUAGAAAGAGAUCUAGAGCAUGCAGUGACACUAGCCAUAACUGUAGGACCGAGGACCCAUGAUUCUGGCAACAAACAUCAAAUUGAGUCGACGAAUAAUAUCAGCAGGACAUCAGUUUUAUUUGUUUCCAUCUCGUUCAUUGUGCUGAUGAUUAUCUCCCUUGCCUGGCUUGUUUUCUACUACAUCCAGAGAUUUAGAUAUGCUCAUGCCAAGGAAAGAUUAACGAGAAGAUUAGCCAGUGCAGCAAAGAAGGCCAUUGCAAAGAUUCCACAGAGAACAGUCAAGAUUGGAGACAAGGAGUUAGAAUCGGAGUUUGAUCAGUGUGCUGUUUGUAUAGAGGGAUAUAAAGCAUCAGAUGUUAUCAGAAUACUACCUUGCAAACACAUAUUUCACAAGUCGUGUGUUGAUCCCUGGUUAUUGGACCAGAGAAGCUGUCCAAUGUGUAAGCUAGACAUCCUCAGAGAGUAUGGCAUGCAAGUUCAUUUAAAUAGUAGUCAAGAGACUGUGCAUGCUGAAGCUGAAAGUGGAGCUACAGCCUCUGCCAUCGGGGACGACACAGAACAUUUAUCGUCCCCAGAGGAACACAGCCGGGCAGAAGCCAUUGUACUAAUAAGACAUCAGCCUAGUUUCCAAUACCAUGGCUCGGACACAUUCUGUGCAGAGACUUCACCACAUACCACAAAUAUUAUGGCUCAUAUAGAGCUGGAGGAUGAAGACAAUAACUUAAGUGACAACGAAUGCAACGAAUUACACUCAUUAAUGACAGGUUUGCCCAGAAAAGACAGCGGUGCCUCCACAGACAAAGGAGACGUCUAGUGUCAGCUCUAAGGAGCCGUUUUUUAUUUGUGCAUUAUCAAAUGGAGAUUAAACUUUUUCUUUGAGGACUUUUAAGGUCCUUUCUCAAAGAAAUCUUUCACAAAUUUAAUGUGAAAUUGUGGUUUUCUUUCAUUCAGUUGUAGAAACGAAAUCUGCAGACUUUUGAUGAAACAGUGUUGUUUUUACUUUGAACAAAAGUCCGAUCAUAGUACUCUGUUACCUCCUAAUUGAGUCCUUUUCCAUGUUGAAUAUGACAUGCAUUUACAUGACAUGAAUUCAUGCAGAAGUCAUCUUAUGUACAUCUAUAUAAAAGGAAGUAAUUCAACGCAUAAGCUCCAUUUGUUGUAUCUUGUCAACAUUCACAGACACUGAUUUGAAAAAGUGAAAUUCCAGUUCAAAGAAUAUUUGAAAGGGGAGAUAACUCAUCCCAAAGAGGAGACAACCCUGUAGCUGUCAUAGAAAGAUAGUUGCAUAUUUCACAAAUUCUCAUUACUACUAGUCUUAUUUGUUAUUGAAGUUGUUAAAUUGUUGUUUAUAUGUAUGAAAGUUAUGGUAAAAGUAAGUAAAGUGCUUCAUGGUAAUAUUGUGUAAAAAUGUAUCCCAUUAUUUAUAUUGUUUCUUGCAUUUGUAAAAUAGUGUUUGUCAAUUCACAUGUCUGCAUUCAGCAGUUUUAUUUGUGAUUUUCAUUCCAUGCAUGAGUGGCAUGACCUUUGAUGCCAUUUUGUUCUUUUGUUGUCACAUGAUCUGAACAAUCAGAUUCAUUUAAGUCACAUGACCUCACCUCAAGGCUAUAUUUAUAAAUCUGUCACAUGUCUCCUUACAUCCAAUCAUAUGCUACAUUUGUAGUACCUUAUUCACAAUUCACUGUGUUGAUAAUUGUAAAUAUUUAUUUUGUGUCUUUACACAUUUAUAGGACACUUUGUAUCAAAGUUGAAAAAAAUACAGUAAUUCAAUCAUAUAGAGAAUUGAAAAGGAAAAAUUAUAAAUGAAAAUAAUUUUACUAUUUUGUUUUCUGUGCAAUUUUUUUGUAGAUAUUACGAAUCUAAUCAGGCACUGUGUGAAUGAGGAUGAAUGUUGAUCCCGUUUUAGACUCCUUGUCAAAGCCAUGUACAAUAUAGCAUUUUGAAGUCAUACUCCAUCAGUUGAAGAGAAUGUAGUGUAGACACACUGUGACAGUAGGGAAGAAAAAAACAGACAGAAUUCCCAGCACUUAUCACUAUUUUUUGUGCAGCUAACUGCCAAUCUUUAGAAAAUUUUAUUUUACAAAAUAAGUAGUACUGUAAAACAAAAAUAUGUUGUCAUAUUUUCUUGUAUUCUGGAUUUUCAUUAUUCUCAAAAGUUAAAAUAGGUUUUCAAGCACAUUCUGCUCUGUUAGCCUCUAGUCUGAUGCCCCAGACUAGUAAAAUUUUAUUCAAACUAGUAAGUUAUUGCAAAAUUUUGUUUAGACACAUUAGGAAAAUUUCUGAGUAUUGGUCUUUGGACUAGAAGUUGCAUAAGAAUUUGGUACAGACUGAAUAUGUAUUAUUUCUGUCAAGGUUUGUUCCUUGAAAACAAAUAUAAAUCAUGUAUAUUAUAUAAUAAUAUGAUAAUGAUCAUAAUUCUUGAAGUAUGUCAAAAACAAAUUGAACAGGAUAUUUUAGCAUCAUUUAAGGGCUCUCUCACAGACAUUAAAAUCACCAUAAAUAUUCCCACUAUUUUAAACUGACCAUUUUGCCCACUUCCUUGUUUGUCUCAUUAUAAAUAAAUGUAAUAGAUACAGAUCUACAUGUCUACAUGAAUGGACCACAUCAAUAAUACAAUGGGUCAACUUCAAGCCAGUUAACUUCAAUUAUUGCUUUAAAUUUUUUCAAAUUACUUAAUUCCAUUAUAGGAGGGCUAACACAUGAUGAAUUUUGAUGAUAAGGUCAUAGGUCAUCAAACUACCCACAACCAGGAAGUCAUUGUUACGUAUACAAUGUAAAUGUAAACAGAUUGCAAGUGCUUUACUCUUUAUAGCAGAUGUUCUAAAAGAAAUUUGUUUGUUAACUGUAAAUGAAAAAAAAGCAAUUAGUAACAAAUUGCAGAAAUGAAAGUCAAAUAACCAGAAUAUGUUUCUAAGCAAAUUAUUAACUUCUUUGUCUCAUUUCAUUCACCCAUAAUCAGUUUUCAUUUCUGUACAUAAUACCUUUGGCCAUUUUAUUGAGAAGAACGAACAAAUAACGUGAAUAACAACACGUAAUCUCUACCUGAAGUUAAUGACAUUUUAUUGAAUAUCUGUCAUAGUGUUUCUCAGUUUGCGGCAUGUAAUUAUACCACACAUCACUGAAAACUUUGAAUCUAUAAAAGGAGACAAGCCUUUUUAAUUAAAUUCUUGUUAUACACAUUUAAGAAUUUAUAUAAGAUGUGUGUUUUAUUUGUAAACACGACUUUUGAAAGUAAAUGAACGGUGCAGAUUUUAAAAGGCAUCGUCUGAACAUCUAUUGUGGUCAUUAAGAUCCAACUUUUAAUGUUUUGGCUCUGUUUGAAUUUUUUAUCUAAUUUUGAAUUCUCGUUCAAAAAGAUGAUAAUGAACGUUUUUCUUCAAUUUAUUCACUGUUUUGAUGUUGACAGUAGUUCUUUACAACUGUAAACAUGUUCUUGUGAAGCAAGUUACAAGCCUGCUCUGAGGAUCCUCUUUUUUAAAGAGGAUGUCAAAGCAUGCUUGCAGCUUGCUCUUAGAACAGAUCUAGGACCCUUACAAUGUUACCUCAUUCAUAAAAAUUAAUGUAUAUGUAUAUUGAAAUUCAUUGAAACCUGGCUUGUGUUUGUAUUACACAGGGUUCGUAUUAGACAAAUUUCUCUGCAUAGUAAUGGCCAAGUACAUGACAGGAGUUGGAAAAGAUUUGAUCCGUGCAUUUGUUGUAAAUUUUUUCGGAAUUUUGUUGAGAUUUGAAAAAAAAUGUUAUGGAUACUGUAAAUUCAGAAAUUAUUGCGUGCAUUUAUUAUUGCGAUUUUGUCAUUUUAGACUAAAAUGCGAUUUUAAUUUUGCGAUAUUGAGAAAAAUCCUGUUUAAUUCAUAUAAAAAAAAUUUCGAAAUGCGAGUUUAAAUUAUUGCGAUUAUAACCCUGUCGCAAUAAUAAAAACAUCCCAAUAAUUUCUGAAUUUACAGUAUUUUGAUGUGAAAUUAUAAUGUUUAAUGAGUGAUCGAUUUUUGAGAAAGGAAAUUGUAUAAUUUACAUGGUGUGGUUGAAUGUGUGUGUUCAGUGUAUCCCAGUGUUGUAUGGUUAUAUGUAGAGAGACUGUCAAAGAAUGUUGUUAAUUAAUUAUUAUUUAUUUCAUUGUUGACAUUGUCACUGAGUACUGCAUUGUUUAUAUUUGUUGCAUAAGUAUUGUGUACAAAUUUGGAAUAUACAUCUUUAUUUAAUAUUUUCGUGACGACACUGUAAAAACAUUUUCACAUAGCAGUUGAUAGUAGAUGCUUUAUAGAAUUUGGAAAAGAGUGGCUUUUACCAUUCCUACCACAGAUUUUCACAUUUGCCCCCUAGUUACUCUGUGCAGGCCAUUUCAUAGUAAGUCAGGCUCUGAAAAAUAAUAAAAGGGCUAUAAAAUAGUGUUGAAAAAUUGAAAAAUUUAGAAGCAAACACCUUUAGCAGCAGCCCUUAAGCAUGGUCCAAGUAUUCUCUUUAUGAAAGCUCUUGGUAUUCACAUGAAGGGCUUUCAUAUAGAGGAUGAUUUGCUAAGGGUAUUUUUAUUAAAGAUUUGCUUUCAAAACAAAUAUAUUAAUCCUAAGAGGAAAGCCUUUACAAAACACAACAUUUUGUUAUAUUAGUUAAAGGAUUUUUAUAGAAAUUCAGCUCAAAAUAAACCAAAGAAAUAAAAAUUUGUUCUCAUAAAUUUUUAGAAUAUAUGACUUAAUCGUGAUUUAUAAAAUGAUUUCAAGCUAAAUAUACUUGAAGUAGUUGGCUAAGCCUUCAAUUAAACAUUUAAUUUAUUAUUCAGUUUCGUCAAAGAAGGGUUAUUUUUUAAACUCUUCCAAAGGGGAUGUUACUUGAGCAAGCAGGGUAAAGUUAUACAGAUCAAAUAUCAUUGUUUGGGCUGGUUUAAUGAAGUUUUGUCCCUUGUUGAUUUAUUUGUUAGUAAAAAAAUGUUUAUUCAUACUUUGAUAAUGAGGUUUUAUGUAAAGGGUUUAUCGAUAUUAGUAAUUUCUGGGUUUUUUUUACUGAUAUUUGCAAGAAUUGUUUGAUAACAAAUAGAUUUUACCUUUUCGAUUUUGCUGUUAUUUUUCUGAAUAAUGAAAAACAAUAGUGUGUUCAUAAAUUUGAUUUUUAAGAGCACUUUGUGUAAAUGUGUACUCCAUGAGAUAUUAAUAUUUUGUUGGUUUGAGGUAGGAAACACAACUUAUAGACAUUUAUCAUUAAAUUUAUGGUUUUCCAAUUUACUUGGUAGAUUGUCUUGAUUGACCUUUGGCUUUUGGCUAGUUACAAACAUUGAUUAAGCAAUACAAAACAACAUAAUACAUCCUGAUUGAGCAACAGUUAAAUUUAAAUAAUAUUGAUAAUUUCUCAGUUGAUAAAUUAUUGGAAUUAACAUCAAAACUGUGUUUCCUGAGGCAAAGUUGACUAAAUUUGUAAGUCCCAUUUUGUUAUAAUUCCCCAUAUAGUUAUACAUCUUUGACAUUUUGUCUAUGAUAGCCUUUCUUGAAGAUCAGUCCAACCAAUAGAUUGGAAUUGUCCAAAUUCGUUGUAUUAGAACCUUAUUCAUAAAGUGCAAUUCCAUAUUGUUUUGAAGGGGAAAUGCUUUUACAGGUUAAUCAUUAAACAUCCCUUUUCCCAACUGUUAUCGUAAUUUUUAUACGACCAAAAUUAUUAAUGUUAUUUGUAGUACCCUAUUUUAGAGCUUACGUUAUCAAAUUGAAAGAAAUAUGUUGUUAUUUAAGGGAGACCGAGGAAGAAGGACAUUACUUUUACUCAAGUCACUUUUACGUUUGUUUUUACCCUUUUCAUAAAUAUAUUCUAAGCUUCUAAAUAACACAGUUAAAUUAAAAUCUGUGUCCCAUGAAUGCUUCACAAGCAUUGCUGAAACUGACAAUUAUUUCAAACACAUUACUGAUUUAAAGAGAAGAGUCAUCUCCCUUUUCCUAGGUUUACCUCGUUAAUUUACAAGCCCAUAAGUCUGAAGAAUGGUUUGUGAGACAUUGAGAAGUAGGGGGCGCCAUGCUCUGAAACUCACCAUAUCAUUUAUAAACUUGUGUAUUUAGUCAUUGAUGAGGCAGCUUGAUAUUAUAUUGUGUUCUUGAAUAAAUUGUGUGGUGUAUCACAAGGGUCAAGGUCAGAGGGUUUACACAAUAAAUAUCUGACAUUAUUAGACAUAUUCAAUUCUUUAUUAUGAGAUAAAAAUUGUGGAGUGAUCUUGAAAAAAUUGCAGUAAAGGGAAAAAAUCAAAUUCAGAAAUAUAGCACUUAGAAAAAGAUUUAAUGUAAUGUUAGCUAAAAAUGGGAAUUGCUGAAAUUUUUUCUGUAUUAAUGUGAGUGAAAAUUUUUUAUAGGUAUCUUAAUUUAUCAACUUGGUAACAGCAGUUUAAUUAGGUUUUUUGCUGGUGUAAAUUUCUGAAUUUUGAUUAAAUAAAGUUAAUUUUAAAAGAAAUAAACAUUUAGAAAAAAGCAUCUCAUUUCACUGCCAAGAAUUCUUUUGGAUUCCAAUUCUUUGCGAUCUGCAUUCUGCUUAAAAAAUUGUAGUUUUACCUACAAUUUUAAAGGUUUCAUAAAUUUCUUGGAAACAAUAUAAGAGUAUGGUUUGAGUACAUGACUGUUGCAAGGACAUAAGAACUUUCUACACAUUUAAAGUUAUAGAGAACAAAUUACAUUUAAUCAUAUGGCCAAACCACUAAAACUUAAGUAUGGUUUGGACAUAAUUCAUGUGUAGGAUUUUUACUUAAAAUGUAAAACAAAUUGAAAGUGAAAAUGAUAUUUUAACUUCCUUGUUUAAAAUUUUUCUUUAAUGAAGUAGAUCAAAACAAUUGGAGUCCUUAGUAGAUUCUAUUCAAUGCAUUUUAUUAAUAGUUCUGCAUUUCAUAUCUAGUGAUGACCUUUGACCCUUUGAAUAGAAACAUUUUACCACAUAUAAUAUAGUGCUAUUAUAUCAUUACGAAUGUGCUUGUAAAUAUAAGCUUAUUUCUCGGCUCGCAAGAGUGUUUGCCCAAUCAUGUCAUUAAUGAAAAAAGAAAUCAUUUUAUUUAUAAAAGAAAGGCGUGUUGCCUUUUAUUUCAGUGUGACUGCAACAUGCUAGCUCGUCAAAUUAUUUGUGGGUUGUAUGUUUAUUCUUGAAAACAAUCUUCCGACUUGCUCUUGGCCUAUUCAGUUUAAAAGCUCUGAUCCUUACAUUGAGUACCAGUUGAUGAUAUGAGUUUAUUUAGAAAAGAUGCUCAGAGCAUGCUUGGAAUUUUGCUUUCAAGAAUAAAUUCACGACCCUUAAUUUCAUCAGUAAAGUUUGUAACUCAUUAUUGUAAAUGUUCUUGAUUUUCUGAAGAAAAAAAAUGUGCUAUAUUUAUGAUUUCACAUUUGAGAUAGAGAUAUGUAUGACAGUAAGGCAGAUAAACACAUAAUAAUAAUAAUAUGUAAUUGUUUUUAACUAAAUGUCUUUUUCUAAAGGAUAUUGAAAAUAUUAGAAUUUCUGUAUAAGUUUCACCCAACUGGGCUUAGCCUAAACUGCUAUGUAAUUUUGAAGAACUUGCCCAAGGUUUUAAAACUCACUUCAGAUCAGUGAUUUGAAGAAUAUGUAUACUAGGACUCAAAUAGUUGAUUAGAAAAAGGGUAUUUCGAUGUGCAAAAUGAAAUUCUGUAUCAUGGUUUACAUAGAUUUAUGUUUUCUUAAACAGAACAUCCUUCAGUUACAUAGCUUUAUUAUUCAUGCUCAGUUAUGUUAAGUUAAUUAAGUACUGUAAGUUUAGAAAUUAUUGUGUGCAUUUAUUAUUGCGAUUUUUGAAGAAUAGACAAAAAUGUGAGAUUAAUUUUUGUGAUUUUUUUGAAAAUCUGCAUACAAAUACAUGUAUACAAGAUCUUAUUAUUGCAAAACUCACCCAGUCACAUUAUUCGCAUUAAUAAAAACCUUGCAAUAACAUCUGAAUUUACAGUAAUACGUGUGUACUUAUAGUAGAAUGACUUAUUAUGAUUAAGACUUGAAAACAGUACCAGUUGUUACAGUCAAAGACUUAUAUAAGUAGUGAUGAUUAUGGAAUUAUGUAGAUUGUUGUUUUGAAAAAUACCGGUAUUGAAAAAAAAAUGUUUUAAUGUUAUUUUGAUAUAUUAACAAAAGGUAGAUAGUCAUGACCAAAAAUUUAUACUUUUUUUGAAAUCCUAAAUCAAUCUUUAUUAUGCAUUAUGAUUUAGAACUAAUUCUGGCCAUACCUGUUAUGCCACUGCGUCAAAAAAAAGGAAUGAGAGAAAAAAAUAUUUUAAUCAGAAAAAAAAAAGUUACUAAGCUUUAACAUGAUGCUUUUACAGAUGUUCAUGAGAUAGAUUAAAUCUUUAUUCCGACUGUUCUAAUAUGAUUGCCACUGACGAGUCAUUAAUAGACUAAAUGCCAGCUGACAUACAAAAUUAUUAGCCAGUUAUUUUCGAUGACUUAUUCCAAGUCCUUGUUUACUUUCAAAAUUGAAAAGACCUUACCAUUUAAUGCAGCCAGUGACACCAACAUUUUUUAGUUAUGGCUAUCUACAUUGUAUUAUGUAGUGAACAAUGUUCUCCACAGCCCAGUUUAUAUGUGUGUGGAUACCUCACCUUCAUACCUAGAUUUUCACUCUGGUUUUAUGGAUUUCCUGUACAUGUACAUGGGUUUCUUUAUAUGUCAGAAUUCAAUGAAUUUUGUAUGGGUUUGCAGAAGAGUGAUAACUAUUACACAGAUAUUCUUAGAACGAAGUGAAAGAUGUAUAUUUUUUUUUCAUACAAAUAUGUUUCGUUUCAUUACAAACUGAUUCGUAACAUUGCAAACUUCCUAGAUUUUGAAUGUUCAUAUUUAAAUUGAGAUGCACUUAAAUUGGUACGCUAAAUGAAUCUAUAAUUUUCAUAAUUUUCAUAUAAUCACUUACUUGAGUUGCAUUUGGUAUGAAUGUAAAUUGGUUUCACUUUACAGACUUAUAGUGUUCCAAUCUCAAUGAAGUAGUAUCUGUUUAAACAAUGCUAGAAUUAAAAAAAUUUAAAAAGCAAUAAAACUAUCAAAGACCCCUGAUUUCAGUCUUACAUACUUCUAGCCAAACUGAAUACAUAUUAAUAAAUCCAUGUAUAAUUGUGUACCUAUUGUAGAGCCAGAGUAUUGCUACUGUACAUAAAACUCCCUUGCCAAAUGAGAAAUUGUAUAUAUAUCAUUGUUAAUGCUGGUUUAGAUGUAUGUUUGUUAUUGCUUAUUAAAUCUAUACCAACUAUA